ACCGCAGAGGAAGAGAGAGAUGAAACGGAAGGAAGGCGGAGGAGGAGGGAGCAGGAGGAGAGACGCAAGGACGAAGGACAUCAGUGAGGAGACGUCAAGUCGGGGAGAGUCCCCAGCAAGGGCUGCCGGGCCAGGUCCUCUGUCUGAUGGCUUUUCUGAAAAGGAGUCUCCUUCCCCUGCUGGGCAUCUUCCUGGCCUACUUCUACUACUCUGCCAACGACAAGUUCAGACCAGAGAUGCUGCGAGGAAAGCGAGUGAUUGUCACGGGGGCCAGCAAGGGGAUCGGAGAAGAAAUCGCCUAUCACCUGGCGAAGAUGGGUGCCCACGUGGUGGUGACUGCGAGGUCGAAGGGAGCACUCCAGAAGGUGGUGACCCGCUGCCUGGAGCUGGGCGCGGCCUCCGCACACCACGUGGCCGGCACCAUGGAGGACAUGGCCUUCGCAGAGCAGCUUGUGGCCCAAGCAGGCGCCGUCCUGGGGGGACUGGACAUGCUCGUGCUCAACCACAUCACCAUAGCCUCCCUGGAGCUGUUCCGAGGUGAUGUGCAGCUGGUGCGCAGGACCAUGGAUGUCAACUUCCUGAGCUAUGUGGCCCUGAGCGUGGCCGCUUUGCCCAUGCUGAAGCAGAGCAACGGCAGCAUCGUGGUGGUAUCAUCCAUGGCCGGGAAAAUCUCCAGCCCACUCAUCGCUGCCUAUUCUGCAAGCAAGUUUGCCCUGGACGGCUUCUUCUCCUCCAUCAGGACAGAAUUUUCAUUGACCAAGGUCAACGUGUCCAUCACUCUCUGCAUCCUCGGCCUCAUCAACACAGACACGGCCGUGAAAGCAGUGGCCGGGAAGCUCAACAUCCGCGGGUCCCCCAAAGAAGAGUGUGCGCUGGAGAUCAUCAAGGGGGGGGCACUGCGCCAGGAGGAGCUAUACUAUGGUAACCCCGUCUGGACCACGCUCCUGAUGCUGAACCCGGGCAGAAAGCUGCUGGAACUCUUGUCUAUGAGAAACUACAAUUUGGACAAGCUCAUCAACAACUAGGCAUGCACUCGGGGCUGGGUGUGGUGGGGGGCUUGGGGCUGUUUAGCCUCAUAUUUAUCCGAGCCUUCGCCAUCGAGAUGCAGCAUCCCCAGAGAGUCCCAAGUCAAGUCUCCCAGCUUGACUGAGUCCCUGACUCCACAGGAAGGGAAGGCGUGAGGUGUCCCAGCUGCGGCAGUCUGCGUUGGCGAUGUGUGCUGACACCAGAGUGGCUGCCCCACGCCUUCCGGGUCUGAGCAACAUCAGUACAAUAAAAGCCCUGUGGCCUUUAC